AUGGCAUUUGUCAUUUCCCUACCCCAAAGUGUUACAUUCGAACACGUGCCCGGCAACUCACCGGGCAACUCAACCGGUAACUCACCCAGCAACUCACCCGGCAACUCACUAGGUAACUCACCCGGCAACUCACCCGGCAACUCACCCGGUAACUCACCCGGCAACUCACUCGGGAACUCACCCGGUAACUCACCCUGCAACUCACCCGGCAACUCACCCGGCAACUCUCCAUGCAACUCACCCGGCAACUCACCCGGCUGCUCACCCGGCAACUCACCCGGCUGCUCACCCGGCAACUCACUCGGUAACUCACCCGGCAACUCACCCGGCAACUCACCCGGUAACUCACCCGGCAACUCACUCGGUAACUCAUCCGGCAACUCACCCGGCAACUCACCCGGCAACUCACCCGGCAACUCACUCGGCAACUCACCCGGCAACUCACCCGGCAACUCACUCGGCAACUCACCCGGUAACUCACCCGGCAUUUCUCCCGGCAAUUCACCCCCGUAUCUCACCCGGCAACUCACCCGACAACUCACCCGGUAA